AUGGCUUUCCAACACAAAAAUUAUAAAGUUGGUAUAAUUGGGGCAGGUAUUAGUGGAAUUGCAGCUGCAAAGCAGUUAUGUCACUAUAAUCCAAUUGUUUUUGAAUCCACCGAUUCAAUUGGUGGUGUUUGGAAACAUUGUUCAUUCAAUUCCACUAAGCUUCAAACCCCAAGAUGUGAUUUUGAAUUCUCUGAUUUCCCUUGGCCUCAGAGGGACAAUUCAUCAUUCCCUUCUUACAUUGAGGUCUUGGAAUACUUGCAAAACUAUGCAACACAUUUUGAUGUGUUCAAGUUUGUUAAGUUCAAUUCAAAGGUGGUCCAAAUUCUCCAUCUUAAUAAUCAUCAUCAUCAUCAUGAUCAUGAAUAUGGAAGGCUAUUGAGUGGUCGUCCUGUUUGGGAAGUUGCCGUGGAAAACAAUCAAACUAAAAUUGUUGAGUGGUAUGGGUUUGAAUUAUUGGUGGUAUGCAUUGGAAAAUAUGGAGACAUACCAAUAAUACCAGUGUACCCAAAAAACAAAGGUCCAGAAAAUUUCAGUGGCAAGGUUCUUCACACAAUGGAAUAUUCUAAGCUUGACAAAGAAAGUGCUAAAGAACUGUUAAAGGGAAAGAAGGUUGCUGUUGUUGGUUAUAAGAAAUCGGCUAUUGAUUUGGCUAUGGAGUGUGCUCAAGCAAAUUCAGGAGGUGGAGGACAACCUUGCACAAUGGUGAUAAGGACUUUACAUUGGACAGUUCCAUCAUACUGGAGAAAAGCAAUUUCCAAGUUCAUAGAAUCAUACUUGGUUUGGAAGCUUCCAUUGGAAAAGUAUGGUCUGAAACCAGAGCACCAAUUUGUGGAGGACUAUGCUUCUUGCCAAAUGGCUAUCUUACCUGAUAAUUUCUUCUCAGAGGCAGAGAAGGGGAUGAUACAAUUCAAGAAGGUUUCUUCUUCCAAAUGGUGGUUUUGGAAAAAUGGAAUUGAGUUUGAAGACAAGACCAAGUUGGAGGCUGAUGUUGUUGUUCUUGCCACUGGCUUUGAUGGCAAGAAAAAACUUCAAUCUCUCUUGCCUGAGCCAUUUAGAAGCUUGGUUGUGGACCAAUCUGGGAUCAUGCCCUUGUAUAGGGGAACAAUUCAUCCACUAAUCCCAAACAUGGCAUUUGUGGGUUACAUUGAAAGCAUUUCAAACCUACAAACAGCUGAAUUAAGGUGCAAAUGGCUAGCUAGACUUGCUGAUGAACAAUUCAAGCUUCCAAGUGUGACAAAAAUGAUUGAACAAACAACACAAGAGAUUCAAAUCAUGAAAAGGACCACAAGGUUUUACAAGAGGCUUUGCAUUUCAACAUUCAGCAUUAACCAUAAUGAUGUCAUUUGCCAAGAAAUGGGCUUGAAUCCUUGGCGGAAGACCAGUUUGUUCUCUGAAGCUUUUAGCCCUUAUACCAGCCAAGACUACUAUUUUUGAAAACAAAGAAAUUCAAGAUAAAUAAUAAUGCCAAAUCAUAUA